GCAUCUUCAGUGUGGGCACCCGGCUGUGACAGCUUGCGGCUUCACAGCCGGGUGCCCACUGCGCAUGCGUGAGUAGCGAUGCGCUUCAUGAAUGGUCCUUUAGUCUUCCGGGACCUGUCACGUGUCCCAAAAGAAUACAGGGAGGGAGGGAGGACACCUUCAGCUUCCGAUUGCCUUGGCGAUCAGACCGGAAGUGGGAGCGGGUACCUGUCAAAUUCGGGUACCUGCUCCCCCCCGCCUCCCCAAAGGUGCAAACCCUUAGUGGGGAGCAGUCCUUAAAGCAGAACUUCCCCUUUUGGGUGGAGCUUCAC